UGCAUAGAUAGAAGACAGGGAUCCCCAGCUGGGAGGAGGGAGGAGAGCUGAAGAUCGCUGCCUGAGCUGGCUGAUCUAAGCAGUCAAAGUGGGAGCUGAGUGCUUGAAAGAGGAUUAUGCUCGCCCUAGACAUAAGCAGUAAAUCUGUGGUUCUCUGGUCAGCAAGUUCUGGCAAUGAAGCCACUGCUGCUGGUGCAAAGAAUUCUGGGAUGUCUGACAGUGAAAUGGAUGGAAGGACCCACAUUCCAUCUCUACUUAAUGUCCUUUUGUCCAGCAAUCGGGUCAUGCAAAUGAGCUACUUGAAAAGUAAAGAAAAAGGAUAUGGAAAACUAAGCAGUGACGAAGACCUCGAAAUAAUUGUUGACCAAAAGCAGGGAAAAGGCUCUAGGGCGGCAGAUAAGGCUGUUGCCAUGGUGAUGAAGGAGAUACCGAGGGAGGAGUCUGCUGAAGAAAAGCCCCUCCUUACUAUGACUUCACAGCUGGUGAAUGAACAGCAAGAAAGCAGACCCCUCCUGAGUCCCUCCAUCGAUGACUUUCUCUGUGAAACCAAAUCGGAGGCAAUAGCAAGGCCAGUAACGUCCAACACAGCUGUCUUGACCGCAGGCUUAGAUCUUCUGGACCUCAGUGAGCCGGUCUCGCAAACCCAAACCAAAGUCAAGAGGUUGGAGGCCUCAUCGAAAACCUCAUCCCUCAAGAAGAAGGCUGACGGAUCUGAUCUCAUCGGUGCGGAUGCUGAGCAGAGAGGCCAGCCCCUGCGAGGCCCGGAGACAUCAUCCUUAGACUUGGACAUUCAGACACAACUGGAAAAAUGGGAUGAUGUCAAGUUUCAUGGAGAUCAUAAGAGUCAUCCAAUGGCAGAGAGAAAAUCAUGCUCAUCUAGAACUGGAUCAAAAGAACUGUUGUGGUCCUCAGAGCACAGGUCUCAGCCGGAGCUGAGCGGCGGGAAAAGUGCGCUGAACUCUGAGUCGGCCGCCGAGUUGGAAUUAGUGCCUCCCACACAGGCUCGACUGACCAAAGAGCAGCGCUGGGGAAGUGCAUUACUCUCCAGAAACCACUCCUUAGAAGAGGAAUUUGAAAGGGCAAAAGCAGCAGUGGAGUCAGAUACAGAGUUUUGGGAUAAGAUGCAAGCAGAAUGGGAAGAAAUGGCCCGGAGGAACUGGAUAUCCGAAAACCAAGAAGCCCAGAAUCAAGUUACCGUCUCAGCUAGCGAGAAGGGCUACUACUUCCACACCGAAAACCCAUUCAAGGACUGGCCCGGUGCGUUUGAAGAAGGCUUGAAACGGCUGAAGGAAGGGGACCUCCCGGUCACCAUCCUGUUCAUGGAGGCGGCAAUUCUUCAGGACCCUGGAGAUGCGGAGGCAUGGCAGUUCCUCGGGAUAACCCAGGCAGAGAAUGAAAAUGAGCAAGCAGCUAUUGUCGCCCUCCAGAGGUGCUUAGAAUUGCAGCCCAACAACUUGAAAGCUUUGAUGGCUUUGGCUGUGAGUUACACUAACACCGGCCAUCAGCAGGAUGCCUGUGAAGCUCUGAAGAAUUGGAUUAAGCAAAAUCCAAAGUACAAAUACCUUGUGAAGAGCAAGAAGGGAUCUCCAGGCCUCACACGGAGGAUGUCUAAGUCUCCAGUUGAUAGCUCUGUCCUGGAAGGAGUGAAGGAAUUAUAUCUGGAAGCUGCCCACCAGAAUGGAGAUAUGAUCGACCCAGAUCUACAGACAGGUCUGGGGGUCCUGUUCCACCUGAGCGGAGAAUUUAACAGAGCAAUUGAUGCAUUUAACGCUGCCUUAACUGUUCGGCCAGAGGACUAUUCAUUAUGGAACCGUCUGGGGGCGACCUUGGCCAAUGGAGACCGCAGCGAGGAAGCCGUGGAGGCCUACACGCGAGCGCUGGAGAUCCAGCCAGGCUUCAUCCGAUCCAGAUACAAUCUGGGCAUAAGCUGCAUCAACCUGGGCGCCUACAGAGAAGCAGUCAGCAAUUUUCUCACUGCCCUCAGUCUACAGAGAAAGAGCCGGAACCAGCAGCAAGUGCCGCACCCGGCCAUCUCCGGGAACAUCUGGGCUGCCCUCAGAAUCGCGCUUUCUCUGAUGGACCAACCGGAACUCUUCCAGGCGGCUAACCUCGGUGACCUGGAUGUCCUCCUGAGAGCCUUCAACCUGGAUCCUUGAAGGAACAGAAAAAUAAUAAUAAUAAUCCCUUGUCUGUAUACAUCACUGAGAAAUGCAAACCUAUUUUAUUAUUAAUUCUAAAAAGGUGAAACCAGAUGUUUGAAAUGCCGUGGCGAUAAAACCCAAGGGAAUUCCUACAGACAACACCCAGUCUCUGUUCAGAUCCAAAGCACAAAAUGUUAUAUAGAGAGUCAAGGUCAGGCUUGAAAGAAGACUCAAGAGGCUCAAGACAAACCAAGAUAAAGCAACUAUGUGAAUACCCUUUUCACAAGCUGCAAGCUUAUCGCAAAACAUCUUUGGGUUUUUGUCCCCACUUGUGGCUGAUGACACAUCUAAGGAACUUGCUGGUGGGACACCUGGAGAAAGCACUGCCUCGGAUCAGGGAAUUCUGACUAUUUCUGAACUGUCCCCUGAAGUCCCCCCGUUUAGAAGACUGAACAUAGUUUGGGCCAAGG